UUGAUCACUGUGCUCACUGAUUGAUUAGGUCCCAAGGAGACAGUAGUUAUUUUCUUAAGGAAAAGGCAGACGUCAUGGAGACCAAGAGUCAUAACAACGCCCAGGACGCCUGCUGCUCCAGCAGUAGGCCUGCUACUAUGGAUGACAAUCAUUCGUUGAUCAAAGCUGUCAAAGAAAGAGAUGUCGAACUGGUCCAGCAGUUGCUGGAAAGAGGGGCUGAUGUCAAUUUCCAGGAAGAGGAAGGGGGCUGGACACCUCUGCAUAACGCAGUACAAAUUAACAGGGAAGACCUCGUGGACCUGCUGCUUGGUCAUGGUGCUGACCCCUGCCUGAGGAAGAAGAACGGGGCCACUCCCUUCAUCAUUGCAGCGAUCGUGGGAAACGUGAAGCUGCUUGACCUUUUCCUUUCUAAAGGAGCAGACGUCAAUGAGUGUGAUUUUCAUGGCUUCACAGCUUUCAUGGAAGCCGCUGAGUACGGUAGGGUUGAAGCCUUAAGAUUCCUUCACGGGAGGGGCGCAGAGGUCAAUUUGAGUAGAAAGACAAAGAAGGAUCAAGAGCGGCUUAAGAAAGGAGGGGCCACGGCACUCAUGGGCGCUGCUGAAAUGGGCCAUGUAGAUAUCGUGAGGAUCCUUUUGGAUGAGAUGGGGGCGGACGUCAAUGCCCAAGACAAUAUGGGCAGAAAUGCCUUGAUCCGUGCGCUUAUGAGCUCUCGGGAUAGGAACAUGGAGGCUAUUACCCGCCUACUGCUGGACCAUGGGGCUGAUGUUAAUGUGAGGGGAGACAAAGGGAAGACGCCCCUGAUCCUGGCAGUGGAAAAGAAUUACUUGGGUGUGGCAGAGAUGCUUCUGCAGCAAGAGCACAUAGAGAUUGAUGACACAGACAGUGAAGGCAAAACAGCACUGCUGCUGGCUGUUGAACUGCAACAUAGUGAAAUGGCCCAGUUGCUGUGUAACAAAGGAGCCAGUACAGACUGUGGGGAUCUUGUCAUGAUGGCCAGGAGGAAUUAUGACAUUUCCCUCAUAGGGUUUCUUCUCGCUCAUGGAGCUAGAGAACAUUUUCACCCUCCCGCUGAAGACUGGACGCCUCAGAGUUCACGUUGGAGGACAGCUCUGAAAAAUCUCCACAGAAUAUACCGCCCUAAGAUUGGCAAACUCAAGAUCUUUAUAUCUGAUGAAAAAUAUAAAAUCGCAGACACUUCUGAAGGGGGCAUCUACCUGGGGAUCUACGAGGAUCAGGAGGUGGCUGUGAAGACAUUCUGGGAGGGCAGCACACGUGCACAAAGGGAAGUCUCCUGUCUGCAGAGCAGCCGAGAGAACAGUAACUUGGUGUCAUUCUAUGGGAGUGAGAGCCACAGGGGCUGCUUGUACGUGUGUGUCACCCUCUGUGAACAGACUCUGGAAGCAUGCUUGGAUGUGCGCAGAAAGGAAGCUGUGGAAGAUAAGGAAGAUGAGUUUGCCCGAAAUGUCCUCCUGUCUAUAUUUAAGGCUGUUCGAGAACUACAUUCGUCAUGUGGGUACACUCACCAGGAUCUGCAGCCGCAAAACAUCUUAAUAGAUUCUAAGAAUGCUGUUCGGCUGGCAGACUUUGAUAAGAGCAUCAAAUGGGCUGGAGAUCCACAGGAAAUCAAGAGAGAUCUAGAGGUCCUUGGACGGCUGGUCCUGUAUGUGGUCAAGAAGGAAAACAUCUCAUUUGAGAAGCUAAAGGCUCAAAGUAAUGAAGAAGUGGUUCCACUUUCUCCAGAUGAGGAAACGAAAGACCUCAUUCAUCAUCUGUUCCACCCUGGGGACAAUGUGAGGGACUGUCUGAAUGACUUGCUGGGUCAUCCUUUCUUUUGGUCUUGGGAGAGCCGCUACAGGACACUUAGGAAUGUGGGAAAUGAAUCGGACAUCAAAACGCGAAAGCCUAAAAGUGAGAUCCUCAAGUUACUGGAACCUGAAACAUCUGAAUGUCCCUAUAGUUUUGCUAAGUGGACUAAAAAGAUUGAGAAAUGUGUUAUGGGAAAAAUGAAUGAGUUCUAUGCAGACAAGGGAAAUUACUACCGGAACACUGUGGGUGAUCUGCUAAAGUUCAUUAGGAAUAUAGGAGAACACCUUGAUGAAAAAAAGAACAAAAAGAUAAAGGCAGUAAUUGGAGACCCUUCCUCGUAUUUUCAGAAUAAAUUUCCAGAUCUGGUGGUCUAUGUCUAUACAAAACUACAGAACACAGAAUACAAGAAGCAUUUCCCUGAAACCCAAAGUCCAAACAAGCCUCAGGGUGAUGGAGAUGGCAGGGCCAGCGGGCUGGCCAACGCCACGUGCUAAGUUGUCUGAGUUCAGGGAGCCACUUACUAGCUGAGGAGUCCUUGCUAGUAACUCUCAGGGCCUCUUAAUCAACCUGGUUGUUUGUGAGGGAUGAGCUGGGUAGCCGAUGUGCCAGUCCCUGGCAGAGUGCCUGCCACACGUCUCUAACAAAAGGAGUAUAUGCCUAGAUGACACCAGUCAAUUUUAUUGGGAAAAGCUUAUGUGCAAGAAGUGAGAGGCCAUUCUGCUAAGAGUCUUCUUGUCAAUUGCACCACAGGGGUAGUUAUCACAGUUAUCUGAUUUAAUUCUCCCAGUAAGCUUGCAAAACAGGGUUUAUUAUCCCCUAUUAAGAACUAAGGAACCUGAGACUCAGACAGUUUGAGCUACUGGCCCAAAUCCUGCAACUUGUACAGAGCACUGUAUAAAUAGAUAUGGUGUUAUUGUUAACUCACAUGUGGGCACUGUGGAACUUGAUUAGCAGUCUAGAGCAAUUCUGGAUGAAACCCAAAAGGGGUAUAUGCCAAAGGAGCCUUCCCUAGAAAGCUUAUUCAUUCAUUCAAUGUUUAUUGAGCACCUAGUUGCAUGAAUUUCAUUCCAUCUAGAACCACUGGCACUAGUUUUCCAUGAUCUUAAGGCAGUAGUUCUUA